GCUAACUGUAGUGCUUUCGUGUCCAAUGGAUUUGAGGCAUUUCCCAAUGGAUAUGCAGUUGUGUCAGCUAAAAGUGGCCAGUUAUGGGUACAGCACAACAGACAUUGAUUAUCACUGGGCACAGGGCAAUUACACGCGCCUAAUAUGUGAGCUGCGUUUGGCGCGUUCAAUGGGCUAUUACAUGAACCAGAUAUAUAUCCCGGCCUUUCUCAUUGUGGUCAUCUCAUGGAUGCCCUUCUGGCUGGACAGGGAGGACACUCACGCCCGGGUGGGUCUGGGCGUCACCACAGUGUUAACGAUGACAACACUGUUCACGAGUACCAACGAGUCGUUGCCAAAGAUAUCCUACAUUAAGGCCAUUGAUGUCUAUUUGUUUACGUGUUUUCUAAUGGUCUUCGGAUCGCUUAUAGAGUACGCGACUGUCGGCUACUUUGAGUCGUUUAUUAAAGGUCGGGACAGAUAUAGUGUAAGCGCUGUCAUAAACCCGUCUACUGGUGCGGAGGGAAAGGCGAGUAAUAUUGGGGCUAAUUAUGAGUUAAACGCAGCGCCGAGUGGUGUGUCUUAUCAGGUGUUGUACUGGAAGAGCGCCAGCAUUACAGACAAAUACUCGCGACUGAUAUUUCCUACGGUUUUCAUUGUGUUUAAUGUGUUUUAUUGGGUUAUUUAUCUCCACCUCUCGAGAGAGACAAUCACUGAUUUGAUUACUGCCGAAGACGUG